UUUUUUUUUUUUUUUUGGUUUGAAAAACAGCUACUUCUUUAUUUAUUUAUCAAUUUCUACAAUUUGUCAGUGUCAGUGCAGAGGAGAAAGAUGAUGAAGAUGGGGGAAAUAUGGGCUCAGCUGGGCUCAGUGAUGGCCAGCAUGAUGUUUGUCUAUGCCAUGUUCAAACAAUUCUUCCCAGACGAUCUUGGCAACAUCCUUGACAAAUACACCAAAAAACUGGUGGGCUAUGUGUACCCUUACAUCCAAAUCUCCUUUGACGAAUACACCAAUGAGUUUCACAAACGCAGCGAAGUCUAUGCCUCCAUUCAAAGCUACCUCAGCACCAAGUCCUCCACACGAGCAAAACGGCUCAAGGCUCAUGAUGUCAAGGGCAGCACGGCCCUUGUUCUCGGCAUGGAUGACAACGAAGAGGUCACCGAUGAGUUUCAGGGCAUCAAGCUCUGGUGGGCUUCAAUGAAAAGUGCGUCUAAAAAGACAUCUUUCUCUUUCUAUCCCGAGUAUGACGAGAGGAAGCACUACAAGCUGACCUUCCACAGACGCCACAGGGAUUUGGUCAUGGGGUCUUAUCUUGACCAUGUGAGGCAAGAAGGGAAGGCAAUUGCAGUGAGCAAUAGGCAGCGCAAGCUUUACAUCAACAAUACUGAGAAGGGGGCUAAGUGGAGCCAUGUAGUGUUUGAGCACCCUGCAACAUUUGAGACCUUGGCAAUGGAGCCAAAAGAGAAGCAGUCAAUUAUCAAUGAUCUCCUUAAGUUCAGCAAGGGGAAAGACUACUACAAGAAGAUUGGUAAGGCUUGGAAGCGUGGAUAUCUCCUAUACGGGCCACCGGGCACCGGCAAGUCUACCAUGAUCUCUGCCAUGUCUAACCUCAUGAACUAUGAUGUCUAUGAUCUUGAGUUAACUGCUGUCAAGGACAACACCGAGCUGAGGAAGCUGUUGAUUGACAUAACUGGUAAGGCGAUUAUCGUGAUCGAGGACAUUGAUUGCUCGCUUGAUCUGACAGGACAGCGAAAGAAGAAGAAGGAAGAGAAGGAGAAGAAAGAUGGGGAUGAAAAGGACCCAAUUCCUAAAAGGCCUGAAGAAGAAGAAGCCACAACGAGCAAGGUCACUCUGUCUGGACUGUUGAACUUUAUUGAUGGGAUUUGGUCAGCUUGUGGAGGGGAGAGACUGAUUGUGUUCACCACAAACUAUGUGGACAAACUUGAUCCUGCUCUCAUUAGAAGGGGAAGGAUGGACAAGCAUAUUCAGCUGUCCUACUGUUGCUUUGAAGCAUUCAAAGUGCUUGCAAGGAAUUAUUUGGAUGUAGAAUCACAUGAGUUGUUUGGAACCAUCGAGCGUUUGUUGGGGGAAACCGAUAUGACCCCGGCUGAUGUUGCUGAGAAUUUGAUGCCUAAAUCUGAUACAGAGGAUGCAGACUCUUGUUUGAAGAGCUUGAUUGAAGCUCUUGAGGCUGCUAAGGUGGAGGCAAGAGUGAAGGCAGAGGAAGAAGCGAGCAAGAAAGCAGAGGAAGAAGCAAAAUUGAAGGCAGAGAAAGAGAAGGAAAAAUCUGCUAAUGGUAAAGAUGAAGUGACAUGUAACGGAACAAAAGAUGAAGUGAAAGGAACAUCAGUUGCAGAAGUCAAAGAAAAUGGUGUGACCCCGUGAAGAAGUUAUGCCCCUUGAACAAGGCAUUCGGCCAUUACCUCUUGAAGAUAUGUGACGUGUAGUCCUUAUGUCAUAUGAAAGAUGUCAAUUCUAUGUUCAUUACUUUUGUAUGUGCUUUAUCAAUUUUCAUCCUUAUUUACUGAAGUUUUUUCGGAGUUUAGUAGCACGCCUAACAUUUUUAAUUU